AUGUAUUAUUUUCAUGUGGCACAAACGUCAUUAAUCAAUAUAAGUUUAUUGUACCAUUGUCGUGAUCGAACAGCACAUGGUUCUCAUGCUCAGUCAUUCGUUCUGUGUGAUGCUGACAAAUUAGUAUUAACUGGUACUGUUGGUAAACAUGAAAGCAUAUUAAUAUGUAAAUAUGGAAGCUUCACAUAUUGGACACGAUCAUUAAGAGCUGGUUACUAUUCACUUAAACCUUUUUCAACUUGUUUCUGGCAAAAUGAUAAAGAAAAUAGACAUUUUACUCUUGUCAUAAUUACAUUCCAGUGUUCAACUUAA